AUGGAACCACCGGGGCCACCUCCGCCAUGGGUGCGCGUUGUCGGACCUGCCUUGCCUUCUCCUCCGUCUCUUGUCCCAACGCCUGUCCCCGCGAAGCAUGAAGGUGCCGUCGCGGCUGCUGGCACUGCGCGUGCUGGAGCUGCUGUCCUCCCGCGCUCUCAUUCCGUCGGUCGUGGAGGCACCAAGGUGUUCGCGCCGGCGCCAAAGAAGACAGGUGCGAUGAAGAAAGCCAGUGAUGUUCAGCCUCCCCAAGCUCCUCUACGAUCUGCAGCGGCACCGAGGACGCCGACGAGUGCUGAAGAAGCCAUAGAUGCUGUUGCAAUGGAUGACGUCCAGCAGCUGCUCGAGGAAUUGCCUACAAGGUUUGUGCUCGUCUUGUAG